AUGAGAUUGGCAGAAACUCAAAGGCGCCAGCACUGCAAAAGGCGAGCCCUGUUCUGCUUUAUGUUGGUUACCGUUUGGGAGGCAGUUUCUGGGCAGACUCGCUACUCCAUUCCCGAGGAAAUGCAGAAAGGCUCCAUUGUGGGGAAUAUCGCAAAGGAUCUGGGGCUGGAUAUAAAGGAGCUCUCAGACCGCGGAGUCCGCGUUGUAUCAAAAGGUAGGACGCAAUAUUUUGCUUUAAAUGUUAAGAGCGGCCAUUUAAUCACAACGGAAAGAAUAGACAGAGAGCAAAUCUGUGGCCGGAUCGAGAAGUGUCUGUUAACUUUUGAGAUUAUUGUUGAAGAAAAAAUGAAGCUUUAUAGAGUUGAAGUUGAAAUCACAGAUAUUAAUGACAAUGCUCCCAACUUCCAGGCGGGAGAAUUGGAAGUAAAAAUCAGCGAGAUAACGGCACCGGGAUCGCGGUAUCCCCUGCAGGAGGCGCAAGACCCAGAUUUAGGGAUAAAUUCUCUCCAGAGCUACCACCUCAGCAGUAAUAGGCAUUUCUCCCUGGACGUGCAAACCGGAUCAGAUGGAGUUAAAUAUGCAGAACUGGUGAUGGAAAAGUCUCUGGACCGCGAAGAACAAGCUGUUCAUGAUCUAAUCCUCACAGCCACUGACGGGGGAGAUCCAGUCAGGUCCGGCACUGCGCAAAUCAGUGUUAUUGUUCUCGAUGCUAAUGACAAUGCACCAGUUUUCAGUCAGACGGUCUAUAAAGUUAAUGUUUUAGAAAAUAUGCCUGCGGGGUCCACGAUGGUGACAGUGAAAGCGACUGAUCCCGAUGAAGGAAUACACCAAGAGGUAAAAUACUCAAUCAGAAAGAUAACUAAUGAAGCUUCACAGAUAUUCCACUUGGAUUCAAGGACGGGAGAAUUAAUAGUCGUGGGGAACUUGGACUUUGAAGAAGCUGCGUUAUAUGAAAUCGAGGUGCAAGCCCAUGACGGGGGAGGCCUUUUCGACAGAUCCAGAAUUGUGAUCGUUGUUAGCGAUGACAAUGACAACUCUCCAGAAUUAACAAUCACAUCUCUCGCCAACUCGAUCCCUGAGGACUCUCUCCCCGGGACUGUGAUCGCCCUUUUAAAUGUGCAAGAUCUAGAUUCUGGAGAGAACGGGAAGGUCACGUGCUCCGUACCCAGCAACCUCCCCUUCCAGCUGAGGAAAUCGUUGGAUAAUUAUUACAGUCUGGUGACAGACCGAGCCCUGGACAGGGAGCAGGUGGCAGCAUACAACAUCACAGUGACCGCCACGGACAAUGGGACUCCUCCUCUUUCUACAACCACCACGAUCCCACUCCGGAUUUUAGACACGAACGACAACGCCCCUUUCUUCGAUAAAACGUCCUACGCGGCCUACGUCACGGAGAAUAACCCGAGAGGAGCCUCCGUUUUCUCCCUGAAGGCCAAUGACCCCGACGAAGGGGAGAACGCCAGAGUCACUUACUCUGUUACCGACGGUCAGGUCCAGGAAACUCCGCUCUCCUCCUCCAUCUCCAUUAACUCCGAGACUGGGGCUCUCUACGCUCUGCGCUCCUUCGAUUACGAACAGUUCCGGAAGAUUCGGUUCCAAGUGCAGGCUCAGGAUGGGGGUUCCCCACCUCUCAGCAGUAAUGUCUCCGUCACUCUCUUUAUACUGGAUCAGAAUGACAACAGCCCGCACAUCUUACACCCCUCCUUUCCCACCGAUGGCUCCACGGGAGUGGAGUUGGCCCCUCGCUCCUCCGAGCCGGGUUACCUGGUCACUAAGGUGGUGGCGGUGGAUGCAGACUCCGGGCAGAACGCCUGGCUUUCCUACCAGCUGCUGAAGGCUACAGAGCCGGGGCUCUUCUCUGUAGGACUCCACAGCGGCGAGAUCAGGACAGCGCGCUACUUUGUAGACAGAGAUGCCCUCAAGCAAAGUCUGGUGGUUUUAGUGAAGGACAACGGGCAGACCCCUCUCUCUGCCACGGUCACUGUCACGGUGAUGGUGGCUGACAGCAUCCCCGAAAUCCUCUCCGAUUUAAGCAGCCUCUCAGCUCCUGCAGACCCCCAGUCCAGCCUCACCUUGUAUUUGGUGAUCGCUGUGGCUUCCGUUUCCUGCUUGUUCUUUACCUUUAUCAUAGUGUUACUGGCCUUGAGGCUCCGCAGGUGGAGAAACUCGCAGCUCUUUGACUCCUCGAGUGUGACUUUCAGUGGAGUUCCCGUCUCGCAGUUUGUGGGGCUCGAUGGAGUCAGAGCUUUUCUUCACUCCUACUCACAUGAGGAUUCUCUCACCACGGACUCCAGAAAGAGCCCAUUCAACUUUCCCAAAUCAAACUAUUCAAAUACUCUGACUAGUCAGCACUCUUGUGAGAUAAAGGAUCCUAUUCUAAUUACUGAAGAGUUAGACAGUAACAUGGAUCAGACGUCCAUUCAGGUCAGCUAA